GCAUGGCUGUGGCUGAUGUGGCAUAAAUGGAAGGAGAAGUUAAUGUCUAAUUUCUCCAACACAUAUUUCCUUUGUUGGGGAUUAAGAACAACAUUAUCAAUGGUAAAUCCAGAAGUUGCCUGCCAUCCAACAAUAUGCUAUAGGCCCAUAAGGCCCUCAGAUUUAUUGAUUUUAGAGAAACUCCAUGCUGAAUCGUUUCCUAUUAGGUAUGAGUCCGAGUUUUUUCAGAAUGUUGUGAAUUCACGUGAUAUUGUGUCUUGGGGAGCUGUUGAUUGUAGCCGACCUAAUGGCCAGAGUGAUGAACUUAUUGGAUUUGUUACUGCACGAAUUGUUAUGGCUAAAGAAAGUGAGAUUGCAGACUUGCUCAGUUAUGACUCAUCCAAAUCAGAUCAAACCCUAGUCUACAUUCUGACACUGGGAGUAGUGGAAUCUUACAGAAAUCUUGGAAUAGCUUCUUCCCUUAUUCAUGAGGUCAUGAAAUAUGCUUCAAGUAUCCCAACAUGUCGUGCAGUUUACUUGCAUGUGAUAUCUUAUAACAAUCCUGCCAUCCAUUUGUACAAGAAAAUGUCAUUCAAGUGUGUGCGAAGGUUGCAUGGUUUUUAUUUGAUCAACGGUCAGCAUUAUGAUUCAUACUUGUUCGUUUACUAUGUAAAUGGCGGUCGUUCUCCCUGCUCACCACUGGAGCUUCUGGCAGUUGUGGUGAGUUACAUGAGAAGAGGUCUUAGUUCAUUGGGUGCCAGGCUAAGAAAAAAGGAAGAGAAGGUACCAAGAUGGCUCAAAUGUAAAGAAACCCGUCGCCUUCUAACAACACAGGGAUGUGUUGUGUUACCGCUUCGGUGACAGUAUCAUGCUUGCUACAACUUUCGGAUCGAAGUCAUGUAUUUCCAUCCAAGUACCGAGCCAGUAACACAGUAAGAACAUUCAUUGCAUAAUCUAUAGAGAAACUAGAGGUUAUGUUCUGAGAUCUUCCUUGUCUUGAAAGCAAAAUGUAUGAAAAAUUAAUAUUUGUAAAAGGUACUUUGUAAAUUUAUUUAUGUAGCAAUUUCUAUUUAGCAGUCUGUGGUUGAUAACUCAAUAUUUUAAUAAGUUGUACAAAAUGAAUGUUCAAUAGUAUAUCUGAUCAUUCCAUGUUCCUUUAA